CUUAAUCGUACGUAUUACGAAUAUUUUUUCCGUCACUUAUAUCCAUCCAUUGAGCCAGCGUACUCUGUUUGAGCUAGUCCUGGCUCCUGUUGGCAGAGCCAGGAGAGAAAAAAUUUGGGGGUUCGUGGGGGGUAUUUGCCGUAGGAAUGUGGUUGUCUUGUCCUGGCGAUUAUGUCACAUGAAUGGAAUGAAAUUUAGAGAAAAUAUCUCAUCAGUUUACCUACUAUGGGAGGAAAUCCCCCUUUUGUAUCAGAGUUGAUUAAAUUUGUAACCAGUGUCCCACAACCACAUGGAGACUGGCGAGAAUUUGUGUGUGGUCUCAGUGCUGCUUUUGUUAACAUCACAAUCACCUUUCCUAUCAAUAAAAUCAUUUUUAGACAAAUAAUUCAUGAUGUUGGAGUUUCAAGAGCCAUUCAACAAUUGUCGCAUGAAGGAGUCUUCUUCUUAUACAGAGGGAUCCUUCCUCCUUUAUGUCAAAAGUCUGUGAGCCUUUCAUUGAUGUUUGGUGUUUACGAGGAGUGUCGCAUUCCAAUGAUGAAAUCGAAUAUACCUUCGUACAUUGCUAAUCCCUCAGCAGCUGUUAUUGCUGGAUCCAUUGAAGCCCUAUUAACUCCUUUUGAGCGGGUGCAGACCCUUCUUCAAGAUAGAAGCUAUCAUCAGCAUUUCCAAAAUAUGAGACAUGCCUUUAGAAUCCUUGGAGCUGAGUACGGAUUUAGAGAAUAUUAUCGUGGUCUCACUCCAAUCCUUCUAAGGAAUGGACCAUCCAAUGCCUUGUUUUUCUACUUACGGGGAGAAGCAAAGCUUAGGUUGCCUAGUUCUGAUAAAUGGUGGGGAGAACUUACCAAGGACUUUUUCAGUGGAGCUGUCAUUGGAGCAUUUUUAAGCUGUGUUUUUUAUCCGUGUAAUGUAUUAAAGUUUCAUAUGCAAAGUAGGUUAGGUGUACCAUUUCAGUCUAUAACAGAGGCAUUCGUAGAUAUUUACAAUGAACGCAACCGCAGCAUUUUAAAAUUAUAUAGAGGAUUCCAUUUGAAUUGUACCCGUGCCUUCAUCAGUUGGGGUGUUAUAAAUGUCGCUUAUGAAUGGAGCAAAUCUGUGCUCUAUUAAUGUGAUAUGUUGCAUGCACUCAAAAAUUUGAUUGUUGUAGCUAGUCAGUUGAGAUCCAGUGUAUGUUGUGAUAAGACUCCUAAAUCAUAUUGCUUUACAUGUGAUAUAAUUGUUAUUUAUUUUUAAGAAAAACAAUGUUGGCCUUACUUUGUGUACAAAUUAAGACAGCCUAUUUAAAAACAAACAGAACAUUAUUAUGAUUUUGUAAAAUUUCUACCUACAGUGAGAUCAUAUAAAUCUGUUCUGAUGGGAAAAACAUGCUUGACUGUUCUCUCACUUUUCUUUUUUUUAAAAAUAAGUUUGACUGUACUUAUGAUUUGUUUUUUUAAACUGUAAUCAGUUACUGCCAUUUUGCUGAGAUGACAUCGUAACUUUGUUGUACUUUGAAUUUUUCAUUCUGGACUCGCUGCUGGCAGCACAAAUUUUUCUUGUAAAAGCUAGAGUUACUGCAUGUCUGAAGUAGGCAAAAAAUAAGCGACUGCUUUCUAGUAAAUUUUAUCGAGUUUCAUGCUUAACUCAUGAUUUUUUGCCAAUGAUUUUAAGUCAGUUAAAUCUCAUUGAAAAGUAUGUAUCUAUGUUAAAAAUACUUCAACUUCUUUUGAACCACUUGAACUUUGGCUUUUGUGUCAGUUGCAUUCCAGAACAACAAUGUAUUAUGUGUUUGAUUGCAUGUUUCACCAAAGCUCCCGUUCUUUAAUAAAUGGAUAUUUGUAUAAGCUA